GCCCACUGCCCCCAACCCAGCGCUACUUUAGCGAGACGACGCCUGCGCAGUGAGGCUGCGGGGCGGGCGCUGUCUUCGGAACCACCCACCAGGCGGUCGGCGCGAUGGCGGAGGAGGUGAACAGUCUGAUGAAGGCCACGGUCCUGAUGCGGCAGCCCGGGCGGGUGCAGGAAAUCGUGGGCGCCCUUCGCAGGGGCGGAGGAGAUCGCCUGCAGGUGAUCUCUGAUUUUGACAUGACCUUGAGCAGAUUUGCUUACAAUGGACAGCGCUGCCCCUCUUCCUACAAUAUUCUGGAUAACAGCAAAAUCAUCAGUGAGGAUUGUCGCAAAGAGCUCACGGCGCUCUUCCACCACUAUUAUCCCAUUGAGAUCGACCCGCACCGCACCAUCAAAGAGAAGUUGCCUCAUAUGGUACAGUGGUGGUCCAAAGCCCACAAUCUCCUGUGCCAGCAGAGGAUACAGAAAUUCCAGAUAGCGCAGGUGGUUGGAGAGUCCACUGCGAUGCUCAGGGAGGGAUAUAAGACGUUCUUCGACACACUCUACCAUAACAACAUUCCUCUUUUCAUCUUUUCGGCGGGCAUUGGCGAUAUCCUGGAAGAGAUUAUCCGACAGAUGAAAGUGUUCCACCCCAACAUCCACAUUGUGUCUAACUACAUGGACUUCAGUGAGGAUGUGAGCCACGCCUCGUCUGGGCUGCAAGAGAGGAGGGGUUUCCUGCAAGGCUUCAAGGGCCAGCUCAUCCACACCUACAACAAGAACAGCUCCGUGUGUGAGAACUCCGGUUACUUCCAGCAACUUCAGGGCAAAACCAACAUCCUCCUGCUUGGAGACUCCAUGGGGGACCUCACUAUGGCUGAUGGAGUUCCUGGGGUGCAGAACAUUCUCAAGAUUGGCUUCCUAAAUGACAAGGUGGAGGAGCGGCGGGAACGUUACAUGGAUUCCUAUGACAUUGUGCUGGAGAAGGACGAGACGCUAGACGUGGUCAAUGGGCUGUUGCAGCACAUCCUGCGCCAGGAGGACUGCAUGGAGCUCCAGGGCUCCUAAGCACCAAGGCUUGGACCAGGCCCUGCAGGCGCUGAUGGGGAGGAAGGAACGCCUGCCUACGAAGCGUCCUCUGUGAGCGCUGAGAGAAGUCUAGGGCAGUCACCAGCUGCUGGACCCUCCUCACCCCGACUCCUUCCCCAUGCCUUUGCCUUUCUCCUGCUAGGAAGCGGAUAGAGGGAGGCCCUGUCUGCAGGAGGGCAGCAAGUGUGCUUCCAAGUGAACCACGUACACAGCAUGCAUUCUGCAGACCAUCGAGCCCAAGUUUUCAGAGCUGGAAAUGCAGAUCGCUCAGUGGUGAAGCCUAGCAUGUGGUGGGCCCUGGGUCCCUUCCCCAGCACUGUAAAAAAAAGAAAAAGGGAAAGUAAAGCCGAAAUCAAGACAAA